CUUCUAGGAAGGAUUGAGAAAAACUCCAGAGCCUCCUCAGGAUGCUGGUGGUUCUGCUGACAGUGGUCCUGCUGCCCCUGAGCUCAGUUCAAAGCUCACAUGAAGACCAUGGCCACCAGACUCAGCCUCUUCCUCCUCACCCUGAUCAUGGAAACCAGACACAGCCUCGUCCUCCUCAUCCAGACAUAGGCAACCAGACUCAGCCUCGUCCUCCUCACCCCGACCAUGGCAACCAGACACAGCCUCGCCCUCCUCACCCUGACCAAGGCAACCAGACACAGCCUCGUCCUCCUCACCCUGACCAUGGCAACCAGACACAGCCUCGUCCUCCUCACCCUGACCAAGGCAACCAGACUCAGCCUCAUCCUCCUCACCCUGACCAUGGCAACCAGACACAGCCUCGUCCUCCUCACCCUGAUCAAGGCAACCAGACACAGCCUCGUCCUCCUCAACCAGGUCAAGGCAAUCAUACUCACCCUCGUCCUCCUCACCCAGACCAUGGUAAUCAGACUCAGCCUCGUCCUCCUCGACCAGGUCAAGGCAACCAGACUCAGCCUCGUCCUCCUCACCCUGACCAUGGCAACCAGACACAGCCUCGUCCUCCUCACCCUGAUCAAGGCAACCAGACACAGCCUCGUCCUCCUCAACCAGGUCAAGGCAAUCAUACUCACCCUCGUCCUCCUCACCCAGACCAUGGUAAUCAGACUCAGCCUCAUCCUCCUCACCCUGAUCAAGGCAACCAGACUCAGCCUCGUCCUCCUCACCCCGACCAUGGCAACCAGACACAGCCUCGCCCUCCUCACCCUGACCAAGGCAACCAGACUCAGCCUCGUCCUCCUCACCCUGACCAUGGCAACCAGACACAGCCUCGUCCUCCUCACCCUGAUCAAGGCAACCAGACUCAGCCUCGUCCUCCUCACCCUGACCAAGGCAACCAGACACAGCCUCGUCCUCCUCACCCUGACCAAGGCAACCAGACUCAGCCUCGUCCUCCUCACCCUGACCAAGGCAACCAGACUCAGCCUCGUCCUCCCCAUCCAGACCUAGGCAACCAGACUCAGCCUCGUCCUCCUCGACCAGGUCAAGGCAACCAGACUCAGCCUCGUCCUCCUCGACCAGGUCAAGGCAACCAGACUCAACCUCGUCCUCCUCUACCUGGUCAAGGCAACCAGAAUCAGCAUCCUCAUUCUCCUCUACCAGAUCAUCCUCCUCACCCUGACUAUCAACGUACACCACAGCAAGAUGGAGGCAAUCAGUUAGGAUCUCAACCUCCUCCUCCUGCCUACUGACACAGGCACAAGAAGAGGAAAUGAUAAAGUACUCAUCAGAAGUUAUGUCACUGAAGCUAUCCUUUGUCAUCUCAACACUUAAAAGACUGAAUGCAAGAUUGACCUAUACUACACAUCACAAGUUACACAGAUAAGGUAUACCAUUGGAAGCUAAACUAUAUCUUCAGUUUCACAAUAAAAAGCCAGAAUGCAA